CAUGUCCGAACAAUUGAGCAAGGUAGAUUCCGCGCUCGCACCGAGAAACUCCAAGGCAGGUACUAUGACAGCGCUGCGUAUUCACGGCAAAGAAGACCUUCGACUGGAAGAGAUUCAAAGUCCACAAUGUGGAGAUGGUCAGAUCAUGAUCAAACCAGCUUGNACCUCCAUGAAUACAUGGGUGGUCCUUCACUAUGUCCUACGACUCCUCAUCCUAUCACCAACGAGACUGUGCCUCUGACCAUCGGUCACGAAUUUAGCGGCAUCAUUGAAGAGCUAGGACAAGGUGUAUCCGACAAGUAUACACGCGGACAACGAGUCGUCGUACAGCCAAUCAUCUAUUGCGGAGAAUGUGGAUCUUGCAAGGAUGGCAUUCCCAAUUGCUGCGAUAAGAACGGGUUUGUCGGGCUCUCGGGCUGGGGAGGAGGGCUGUACUGUGUAGUACCUGUGCCUGACAACGUAUCCUUGGAGAUAGCCGCGCUUGUGGAGCCACUAGCUGUUGCGUGGCACGCAGUCAACAUGUCUCCAGUCAAAGACUUCAAGAAGGGCCAAUUCGCCCUGAUUCUUGGUGGAGGCCCGAUCGGUCUCUCCGUAAUCCAAGCUCUUCGAGCACAUGGUGAUGGUACCAUCAUCGUUUCGGAAGUCUCUACUAAACGCAAGGCUUUUGCAGAAGAUUUUGGCGCAGACUUCAUCUUGGACCCAACAAAAGACGAUAUUCCGGAGCGGUGCAAAGAGAUUUGCGGAGGCAUUCGAGGUGUGGAUUGCGUGUUCGAUGCGGCAGGUGUUCAAGCUGGACUUGACUCUGCGGUACUCGCGAUGAGGGCUCGAGGCACCUUGGUGAAUAUCGCCAUCUGGGAGAAAGACGCGAGAAUCAUACCGAACCAAUUUGUCUUCCGAGAGAAAACGUACAAGGGUGUCGCUACGUAUGUCCUCGGAGAUUUUGACCAAGUCCUCCAGGCAAUCAGCUCUGGUAGAAUGAAGCCGGAAAAGAUGAUUACGAAAAAGGUCGAGCUCAAAGACGUGAUCGAGGAAGGUUUCUUGACCUUGCUGAAAGACAAAGACAACCACGUCAAGGUUUUGAUCAAGUCCAACGACGUCGAG